AUGUACAACAUCUUUCGUGGUAGAGAAUAUAAAGAAUAUUAUAUUCCAUAUGAUUGGAUAGGAGAUAAGAAAUACCAAUUAAAUAAUAGAUUGUAUAAGCAUGUUGUAGAUUUGCUAAGAGAACGAGGUUACAGAAUAGUUAAUAGCAGACCUUGGUAUGAAAUGAUAAAAUGGGCAGAUAAACCAGAUAAAUAUCUUAACAACAAAAAUUUCUCCGGGUGGGCAAUUGAUAUACCUUUUCCACGAAGCGAGGGAUCUUCUUCCGACGUUUCUUCGGAUGUACCAUCUGAUGUUUCUUCUACACGGACAGCGAGAUUCGUGCUCGAUGAUGCUGCAAGGAUUAUACAAAAUGCUUGGAGAAAUUAUAAAAGACCCGAAUCAUUAGCAUCUCAAAUCUGGAAUGCUGUAAGAAAUGAUAACACCCCCAAUGAUAAGAAAUUUUUAGGUCUAACUGCACGUGAAGUGAAAAAUCCUCAAACUCGAGAUCAAUUCAAUCUCUGGAUUGCUGAGAACCUUGCAAUGUAUAGACAUUACCCUAGUAUGUACAACAUCUUUCGUGGUAGAGAAUAUAAAGAAUAUUAUAUUCCAUAUGAUUGGAUAGGAGAUAAGAAAUACCAAUUAAAUAAUAGAUUGUAUAAGCAUGUUGUAGAUUUGCUAAGAGAACGAGGUUACAGAAUAGUUAAUAGCAGACCUUGGUAUGAAAUGAUAAAAUGGGCAGAUAAACCAGAUAAAUAUCUUAACAACAAAAAUUUCGUCAGAAUCGAAUAA